CCUGUUACUUAGCAACGACGAACGCUCUGAACGUGCUUGUGGUUGGCUCGUGUGCUAGCUGGGAUAUCAGUCCCAAAGCUAGCAGGGCAGACAGAAAACCUAAACAUGGAGGACGACGACCUGGACGAACUGCUGGAUGAAGUUGAAAAAAAGUUUUGUAGCAACGUUUCUGUCGCGUCUUCAGCUCGCGUGGGCUCGAGCGAGGCUGGAAAAUGCGGGAAAGACAAUGUAGGACAGAAAAAGCACAGCGCCACAAAAUCUAAACAGCCGAUGAGCAGCGUCACUGAGGAUAUUGACGCCCUUCUGGAGGAAUUACUGGAGGAAGACUACAGCGAUUCCCCUCAACUAAAGACUGAACAGUUUCCUAAAGAAACACAAGUGGAGAGGAAGCCGUCGUCUCAGUCUGGAGGGAGGAAGUGCUGUCCUGUUUUCGUUGGCGGGAGCUCUGUCACAAAUGGUGUAGGAACAGCCACAUCCAAGAGAUCAUGUGACCAGUUGAGGUGUAUAUCCUGUGACUUCCGGGUGCUGAUGUUUGAUGACUGUGAGUGGGACUCGUCCUGUGAUUACCUGUUCCUCAGGAACAACAUGCCAGACCGUCAGAAGCUCGGAGCCAAGCUGAAGAAGAGGAGAGGUUUACGGGCGUACGCCUGCCAGUGCAGCUGGUUCUCCACGUUAGAGCCAGCGGACCUCAGGGACCAACCUCAGCUCAGAUGGGUCUGUGGCAAACACCAGGACUGAUUCACUCCUCGCUGCUGCAAGGCGGCUACUAAAAACUCAUUCUGGGUAACAGAAAUGUUACUGACAGAGAAACUUCUGCUGCUUAUCUUUUCUCUUUUCGUCUGUUCAUCUGUUUGGCUGAUUUCUGUCUUUUACUCUAUCCAUCUGUCCACUUGACUUGAGCAGCCUUCCAGAGACGUCAGAAAGACGCAAAAUCCACCUUCAGACAGAAAAAUAUGCAAUGAAAAGGAUCUUAAAGUAGGAAACUUUGGCCCAAUAUUUAUGAGAAACAACUGACAGCUUCAUUACGGCGGUAUCUGCUUUUAACACUACACAAUGUUAUUUUUAACAUCUUUAUUAUCUCCUGUAUACACUCCAGUUUGAUUUUCAGCCUCAUGAGACCCUGAAAUCAUCACAGCACUUAAGUGUUAAACGGUUAAACAUAUACGUUUGAUUUACAAUUAAUCUAUGAAACAUGAUGAUAUCUGUGUAACUGAAGAGGAACCAUACAAUAGCUCUAAGAAAGGCAGAUUAUGAGGAUUCAUUUGUGAGUUUCCUGUUUUUGCAAACACACAGUAAUAUGCACAUAAUAUAAUUUUCUUUUAAAUGUCAGACAGUUAUAAAUGGUUAAAAUGCUGAACCGCCAGGAAACAGAGCAGUUCAGAGUUCUGCAGUAAAUGUAGGAAAUGCAUCUGCAGCAACACAAGAGAGUGUAUGGCCAUUCUGAUGUCAUAUAUUCAUAUUAAUAAUUUGUCCCAUCAUAUUGAUUAAACAGAGAAUUUUGGAUUUUAAAAUUCAA